AUGGCUGGCAGUACGCUGGCAAUUCGCUCCAAGAUGGCUUCCAUCAUGCAGCUGUCGUCGAUGUCACGCAGGUCGAUUUCGACAUCCCAGCUUGCCCUCCGUGCGAAGCCGCUUCGCUCCAUCAAUGUCUCCCAGUCCGUGUCGCGCGUUGCUCGCCGCAGCUACGCCGAUGCUGCUGCUCCUACUCCUACUCCUUCGCCCGCUCCUAAGCCCAAGAAGCGUUUCAGAGCUCUUCGCUGGGCCUGGCGCUUGACUUGGAUGUCCGCUAUUGGUCUCACCGGUGCCGUCGCAUACAGCAUUUUCGAUCUCCGUCAACCCCCCGACCAGUCCCCGCCUGACCCAUCCAAGAAGACCCUGGUCAUUCUCGGAACUGGCUGGGGUUCUGUCUCCCUGCUUAAGAAGCUUGACACUGAAAACUACAAUGUCGUCGUCAUCUCCCCCCGUAACUACUUCCUGUUCACUCCCCUGCUGCCCUCCUGUACUACUGGUCUGAUCGAGCACCGCUCGAUUAUGGAGCCUAUUCGCAACAUCCUGCGCCACAAGAAGGCCAGCGUUCAGUUCUACGAAGCCGAAGCUACUAAGAUUGACUAUGAAAAGCGCGUUGUAUACAUCAGUGACGAUUCCGAGAUCAAGGGUGAUAUCUCGCACACCGAGGUUCCCUUUGACAUGCUUGUGAUCGGUGUUGGUGCCGAGAACGCGACUUUUGGUAUUCCAGGUGUUCGUGAGAACUCCUGCUUCCUGAAGGAAGUCGGUGAUGCUCAGAACAUCCGUAAGCGUAUCAUGGACUGUAUCGAGACUGCUUGUUUCAAGGACCAGACUGAUGAGGAGGUCAAGCGUCUGCUGCACAUGGUUGUGGUCGGCGGUGGCCCCACUGGUGUCGAAUUCGCCGGUGAAUUGCAAGAUUUCUUCAACGACGACUUGAAGAAGUGGAUCCCCGAAAUCAAGGACAACUUCCAGAUUACCCUCGUCGAGGCUUUGCCCAACGUUCUCCCCAUGUUCUCCAAGCAACUGAUUGACUACACCGAAUCCACCUUCAAGGAGGAGGCCAUCACCAUCCGCGCCAAGACCAUGGUCAAGCAAGUCACCGACAAGUACAUCCAGGCCGAGGUCACCAAGCCUGACGGAAGCAAGGAACUCGAAACUAUCCCCUACGGUCUUCUCGUCUGGGCCACCGGUAACGCCGUCCGCCCCGUUGUCCGUGACCUUAUGAACCAGCUCCCCGCCCAAGCCGAAUCCCGCCGCGGUCUCCUCGUCAACGAAUACCUCGUUGUGAACGGUACUGAGAACGUCUGGGCUGUCGGUGACUGUGCCAUUGCCAACUACGCUCCCACUGCCCAGGUCGCUGGCCAGGAAGGUGCCUUCCUAGGCCGCCUGUUCAACACUAUGGCCAAGACCGAGGCCCUCGAGAAGGAGCUCGAGAACCUCUCCGACGCCCAGUCCCAAGCCAAGGGCGACGAGGCGCGCAACCAGAUCUUCGACGAGAUCCGUGAGCGCCAGAAGCAGCUCCGCCGUAACAAGCAGAUCGGUCCCUUCCAGUACUCCCACCAGGGUAGCUUGGCUUACAUCGGUAAGGAGCGUGCUGUGGCCGAUAUCAGCUGGCUGAGCGGCAACAUUGCCAGCGGUGGUACCAUGACCUACCUGUUCUGGCGCAGCGCCUACCUGAGCAUGUGCUUCAGCAGUAAGUUUUCACAUGACUUUGACCUAUCCUUGAAAUACACUGACUCACAUCACCUCCCAGCCCGCAACCGUGUCCUUGUCUGCGUUGAUUGGGUCAAGGCCCGUCUCUUCGGUCGUGACGUCUCCCGCGAGUAA